UUGGUCAGUCAGAAGGAGGUGUGGCCUCCUGAGCCUCCUUCGGCGCGCCAGAGCCUACUAGCCGCAUUGCGAGCCGGGCAAAAAGCAGACGCCAUGGUUCUGCUGCAUGUGCUCUUCGAGCACGCGGUCGGCUACGCGCUUUUGGCGUUGAAGGAAGUAGAGGAGAUCAGUCUGCUGCUACCGCAGGUGGAGGAGUGUGUGCUCAACCUGGGCAAGUUCCACAACAUCGUUCGCCUGGUGGCCUUUUGUCCAUUUUCCUCUUCCCAGGUUGCCUUAGAAAAUGCCAAUGCAGUGUCUGAAGGCAUUGUUCAUGAGGAUCUCCGUCUGCUCCUGGAGACCCAUCUGCCAUCAAAAAAGAAGAAAGUACUCUUGGGGGUUGGGGAUCCCAAGAUUGGUGCUGCUAUACAAGAGGAGUUGGGAUAUAACUGCCAGACUGGAGGCGUGAUAGCUGAGAUCUUGCGAGGAGUUCGUCUGCACUUCCAUAAUCUGGUCAAAGGUCUAACAGAUCUGUCAGCUUGUAAAGCUCAGCUAGGACUGGGACACAGCUACUCUCGUGCCAAAGUUAAAUUUAAUGUGAACCGUGUGGACAACAUGAUCAUCCAGUCCAUCAGUCUCCUGGACCAGCUGGAUAAAGACAUCAAUACCUUUUCUAUGCGUGUCAGGGAGUGGUAUGGGUAUCACUUUCCAGAGUUGGUGAAGAUCAUUAAUGACAAUGCUACAUACUGCCGACUUGCUCAGUUCAUUGGAAACCGAAGGGAGCUGAAUGAGGAAAAAUUAGAGAAGCUGGAGGAGCUGACCAUGGAUGGGGCCAAGGCCAAGGCUAUUCUGGAUGCCUCACGGUCCUCCAUGGGCAUGGACAUAUCUGCCAUCGACCUGAUAAACAUUGAGAGCUUCUCCAGUCGAGUGGUGUCUUUGUCAGAAUACCGCCAGAGCCUACACACUUACCUCCGCUCCAAGAUGAGCCAAGUAGCCCCCAGCCUGUCAGCCCUAAUUGGGGAAGCGGUAGGCGCACGUCUCAUUGCUCAUGCUGGCAGCCUCACCAACCUGGCCAAGUACCCCGCAUCCACAGUGCAGAUCCUUGGGGCUGAAAAGGCCCUGUUCAGAGCCCUGAAGACAAGGGGUAACACACCAAAAUAUGGACUCAUUUUCCACUCCACCUUCAUUGGCCGAGCAGCUGCCAAGAACAAAGGCCGCAUCUCCCGAUACCUGGCAAACAAGUGCAGUAUUGCCUCCAGAAUCGAUUGCUUCUCUGAGGUGCCCACCAGUGUAUUUGGGGAGAAGCUUCGAGAACAAGUUGAGGAGCGCCUGUCUUUCUACGAGACUGGCGAGAUUCCACGAAAGAAUCUGGAUGUCAUGAAACAGGCAAUGGUUCAGGCAGAGGAAGCUGCUGCUGAAAUCACCAAGAAGCUGGAGAAACAGGAGAAGAAGCGCUUGAAGAAGGAAAAGAAGCGGCUGGCUGCACUGGCUGCUCUGGCAUCUUCAGAAAAUGGCAGUUCUCCGGAGGAACAUGAGGAAGGAGAUAGGUGCUGAGACAACUUGCUCAAGAGCCCAGAGAGCUGGUUAUAGCACACACCUGUUCCCUGGGCAAGUUGUGUUCUGUCCUCGGCUGCUUCCCAGGACUCCUCAACAGGGGGUAGUGUAAAUUCCUGCUCUGCUUGUUCUCAGAUGUGUGUCCAGAGAUGGUACGCUUUCACAGUGGGCAUGGGUGCAGGGAGGUCUCCAGUGUGCCCGGCUAGAGCUACCCCCCCCAGGCACUUAGUGCCACUUGUGACAGUUUGUUUUCCCUUAGAAAUUUGGCAUGAUGGGUCUAUUGUGACCAGCAUGGAGGGUUUUUGUAUAGGUUACCUAAAAGGCUGAAACAGUUUCUUUUUACGUGUUCUUAACUAGUAAUUGUGGGUAGCUGUGGGGAUGGGUUUCCAAAGUUAUUGGCCACCCCAGGAGUACUGACGGGACAGUUUGCCUUCCUACCCUGACUGUAAUGGGGAUGUGCAUGUGUACACCAUAGGUAACACCUCUCUAUGCCUCUUCACCUUUAGGAGACACAUGGAAAAACCAAAAAGAAAAAGCAAAAGCUCCAGGAGGCUCCUCAGGAGAAUGGAAUGGAUGAUCCAUCUGUCUCUGUCUCU